CGGUGGCUUCCAAUCUCAAGCAUAUUCUUUCUCCACACGUUUCCUUUUCUACACUUCAUAGCAUCUUUCACAAGAUUCUCUUUUCCUUUUCUAUUUUCCAAUUUUCAAUUCAAUUCACUGUUCAUCCUUGAGCCUUCUAUAAACUCUAGAUCCCAUGAAUCACUCAUCACAAUAACAAUAAAAAUAACAUUUCAUCUUUCACUCUUUUCCCAUUUUCGCGCCAAAAUCAUGAAACUCGAAAACUCCAAUUCCAACGGCCAGAUCUCCUUCCCCGCCGCCGUCGAUGUUACUCCGCUGCAUAACUCCGACGACACCGAUGAAGCAUUCGUGCCGCCGCUGAAUUUCGCGAUGGUUGAUAAUGGUAUUUUCAGGUCUGGAUUUCCAGAUUCUGCGAAUUUCGGAUUCAUGAAAUCUCUUCGUCUACGUUCCGUAAUAUGUUUGUGCCCUGAACCCUAUCCUGAAACCACCGCGGAGUUUUUGAAGGCUAAUGGAAUUAGGCUUUAUCAAUUUGGUAUUGAUGGAUGUAAGGAACCCUUUGUCAACAUUCCAAAUGAUAAGAUUCGCGAAGCUUUGAGAGUAGUGCUCGAUGUUAGGAACCAUCCCGUGCUGAUUCAUUGCAAACGAGGGAAGCAUCGCACUGGUUGUCUUGUGGGAUGCAUAAGAAGAUUGCAGAGGUGGUGUCUAUCAUCAAUUUUUGAUGAGUAUCAAAGAUUUGCAGCUGCUAAAGCUAGAGUCUCAGACCAGAGGUUCAUUGAAUUGUUUGAUAUUUCCAGUUUGAAGCACAACCCACUGUCAUUUUCAUGCUCAAGGAAAUAGGAAUCGAAAUAGUGGAUGCAAUUUAGAAAGUCUGUGCUUCCUCCCAUGGAUUGUUUCCAUGAUGAAGUGAAGUAUAAUUAAUGCCUAGUCUUUUAUCUUUCUUUCAAUGAAAAUUAGUGUGCAGGAUGAGUAGGAUUUUUAAAUAGAUGUUCUACUUCAUUUCUUAUUAUUUCCUUUCCUGUUUAAAUGUUGGACGAAGAUGCUGAUUGAAUAAUGGUUACUGCUUUGUUUUUUUGUA